GCGAAGGACUGGAACUAGCCGUAAUCUUGCCAACCGAAAACACAAAACACGCUUGGGGGUUGAUAUCAACAAAGCUGAAAUGAAAAGAGCAACGAACGAAUUGAAUCUUUGAUCAAAUAGCAUAAGAACUAAUGAACAUUGAAAAGAAUUAUCCAUCAAGAAGUUCAAAAGAAUAGCAAGAUGACGCUGAAGCCGGUUCGAAGUCGUGUGACUUUAGAAGAAAGAGUUGAGCAGGAAAGUCGUUUGACUGGAAAACACAUUAAAACUCUAGUGCAUUUACAAGAUAUACACUCAGAAAACGAGCGAUUGAAGGCUCGAGUGGCCGAACUCGAGAUAUGCGAAGUAAGGGCUGGCAGAGUAGAAGGUUUGGAGCGUGAAAUAGUCCGGUUAAAGGACGAGUUGUCAAGUUGUAAGGAAGUGCAUGAGUGUGCCCAGAAUUCAAAAGUGGCCCUCCAAAAACUUCAAAAAGAUUGUCUUGCAAAGAUUGAUUCUUCAAAUCGAUUGCUAACAGAAAAACAUAAAGCAGAGAUGCUUCGUCUAGUUUCACAGAAGCUUGAAGAAGAAAAUAAUUGGGUUACAGAGAGACAAAAGCUUAUUGAGAAGAUUCGUGAGUUGGAAGAGCUUGGUAGAUGUCAAAAAGAUGCAAUUGACAAACUGGAAAACAGUUUUCACCUUAAAAAUGAUUUGGAUUUUGAAAUUCAGCAGCGAGACAGAGAGCUAGAGAGGGCAAAAAAGGAGAACAAACAUCUAAAUGAAGCUUUGCUCGCACAACAAGAGGCAAUAAAAACUUUGACUUGUGAAAACGAAUCCAUGCAGAAAUCAAUGGAUAACUUGUGCCGUGAUGUUAAAGUAAUGAAAAUGCAGCAAAAACAAUCACGAGAUUUAACAUUCAAGAUGUGCUGUGAAACCCAGACAGACCUCCUUGGUGAUGAGCUGGAAUCAAUGGAGGAAAAGUUUUUUAACUAUGAAAAAGAAAACAGCCUUCUCCGUGGCACAAUCAAGUCAAAUGAAUCGCUUAUAGGGACCUUAGAAUUCAACCUCCAAGACUCUACACAAACAUUGAAACUUCUUUACAAAGAGAGGGACUUACUUAAGAACAGAAUCACAGGGCUGCUGGAUGAGAUAAAGGAACUAAGAUCCCAAAAGCCAGAAUCUAAACAGACCUUCUCUGAUUUUGUUCAGUUAAAACGGGACUUUACAAACCUGAGAGAUGAGCAUGAAAAGUUGCUCAAGAAACGUAGUGCAAAGCCAAAUGUUCUGCCAUGUUUAACUGCAGAUGCUAAAACUGUGACUAGAACUUUUGGUAGGACUCUAGUGAGUAGAAACAGUAUAGGUAGUUUAAACUCGUCUUAGGUGAUAUAGCCCUUGGCAUAAUAUAUGUACUUGUAUCCUACUCAGGGGGAUGGUCAGGGUAUGUAUAUAUAGUUAGUCAGCCAAAGUGCCCCCCGUCUAUUUGCUGAAAUUCAGUAAAUGUAUGUACAUGGCAUUGCAUUGGUCCUCUCACACAUAGAACUGCCAUUUAUGAAAUGCCAUUUGCACCGACAUUUUUUUGAAAUAGGUGUAUACAUGAAGUACAUGAGUACAUGCUCAACAACAGUAUACAGUCAUGAAGUUUUGAUGUAUAUUAAAGCUGAGUGUGCAAAGCUAAGA